CCACCGGCACACGGCUCAGAAAUCAGCAUCCAUCCCCUCUCUCUCUCUCUCUCUCUUCAUUCUGACUUCAGGUUGCGAAUCGCGUGAUCGAGAGAGGGGGGAGAGAGAUGGGAUCUCCUCCCAUGGCGAUAGGCAUGAGGUUGUGGGUGUUUGGGCUGGCGCUGACGUCGUGGUGUCUUCACGUAGUAGCGAUUGGAGGAGCGAAAGGGCGGUUGCUGCUGGGGUUCAGGGAGACUCAGGGGAACGCUUCCUUCCAGUGCUCUCCCUCCGGCCCCUGCCUCCCCUGCCAGUACUCGGAAAAGAAUGAUGAGAAGUAUCGUUGCAGUGAAACUGGCUAUCGUGUGCCGUUAAAAUGUGUAGAAAUGCAAGAUGGUCUGAAGGAUGAAACUAAUAAAAUCCGAAGAAGGCUGUCCUCUCUUCAAGACCAUAGCGAAGCAGUGCAAAAACAGUUUCUUACUGCAACAACUAAUUACAAGUGGAGAAAGUUGUUGGGUGAUUCAUCCGCAUCAGAAGGUGGAAAAAAGAGCUACAUCACCUAUAGGAGCUGUGUUCCAGUUGAUAAUGAAGAAAAAUUGUCGGUCCUUGGUUUCGAGGUGAUUAUGGUGGGGCUAUUACUUAUCAGCGGGUCAGUCGUAUAUUUGAGGCAAAAACGCACUGUUGUCAUGCCAGGAGCUGGAGCUACAAGGAUCCCCACAAGCUCUCCUAGGUUCUAGUGGAGCAGACUAUGGAUGAGCCGAGGCUUUACAGUUCCUUUGUAACCUGCAUUGUGAUUUUCUUUCUUCUUCUUUUUUUUUUUUUUGUUUUUCCUUUCCUUUUUCCUUGCCAUUUUGCUUGGAUCUGGUAUGAAGUAAUAAUGUAUUGCAUUUUGUCUGCAUAGAGAAGAACUGAAGCUUCAUGGUCAAUUGCUUGUCACAUGAUUUAAUUAUUAAAAAUGCUUAUUUACUGUUUUUUGGCUUUGCA